AUGGUUUUCAGCAUAGUAUUUACUGACGGGUCGAAGCGAACAUGCACUGGGGCAAUAAUACACGAUAACGUGGUGAUUACGGCUGCUCACUGUUUUUGCAAAAAGGGAGAUAGCAGUACAAAACCAGAGCUCACAACUUCAUUCGUGGUCAUAGGAACAAAGAAGAUGUUCGAUACUGGGUACGAGCAAUACCUUCCUAUUGAGAGGAUUCUGACCCACCCAAAGUUCAGAGGCUGGACUGCAGACCUGUCUUUAGUUUAUACCUUCGCUGCAAUGACGUCAGACAAGCCUGGGAAGAUUAUACCACUGGCUGGAGAGAAAAUGUCCAAUCCUGUUGAUUCGAAUGUGACGGUCUUCAGCUGGGGCCAUUGCAAGGAUGAGGAUAACUCGCUUUUGACAACUACGGCGCCUUGUCCAGAAGAUUCAGCGGAGGAUAUGAAUGACCAAGAGCCAGUUCGUGUCACCGCUGGCCUAAACUCUAAACGAUCCCGAGCUCAAGAAAAGACACAACCGCCCCAGAACCAACCAGAACAGAAAAAGCAAUAUCCAGCACCAAAGCAAAACCUGCGCCAACCACUAAGAUACAAAACGGAACCUAAAAAAACCCAACAGUCGAGAUACAAAACUGAAUCCAGGACAGUACAGAAGGACCUGUUCCACCAAUACCCGAUACUGCAGCAGAAAGUGAGGAAUAAGCAGAUUGAUGAUAGACUUGUAGAGCCGAAGAAAGAGGCUACCGCGAAACGGCUGAGUAGAUAUUUGACUUCUAGCGAAGAUAAUGUGGAGGGCGCUGAAAAACACAUUCGCGGACGCCUUGUCACUCGUCCAUCUUCAGAACCUAUCGACAGUAUCAAGACCAUGUACAAGAAUUGGAGAAGGGUCAUGGAUAGUCUGGUAUAG